UUUUGACUGUAGACCGACCUUUAUCUCCUGUAUUACGGUGCAUUGAGAAGACAAUCCUUUUAUCAAUUAUUCCUCUUUUCCAUCUUUAUUUCUUUCCUUCUUCCUUCUUCCCUUCUUUCCCUCCUUCUUUCCUUCUUUCUUUCUUCCUUCUCUCCUUCUCUCUCUUUCACUCACUCUCAUCUCCGUUCUGCUCCUUCCCUCGAUGACUUGCAUGCAUGAAUCUGCUCCUGCCAUCCGUCUCGGAAGCAACGCCUGGCAGCCGCCUAGCAGCCGGCCAGUCCCAAAUUCACCAGCGUUCCUUCCCACAGCCUUUUCGGUUCACCUUCUGUUCAGAUUCUGUUUGUUUCAUCUCCAUUCCUUCUUCUCGUUUCUUCCAUUUUCUGGUUCUUCUUCUCUCCUCUCUUCUCCUCUCAACUCGCACAUCCACCAAUCUUGAUUCCCCCUUCUCUAUCACGAGGUUGAUAUGCCUGUUACUUCUUCAGACACAUCACAGCUUCAUCGCCUCUCGCAGAAUCCGGCCUCUUUGAUUGCUAUCUCCACCGUCAUCACGAAUCGAUAUUUCGUCUGGCCAUCCUCACUGGCAGUCACCCCGAACUUCAACAUCCACUACUCAAUUGCUCAGGAGCUUGUUUGCCAGAGAUCUGCAUCCCGCCUUUUAGAACUCAGUAGCCCAGUCUCUUAACGUCGACGGGCUAUCGAAUCAACCCAUAAUUCUCUCAGAAGCAG